AUGGCUUCGAUGUACACAAACGUCAUGGCCCUUCUUGAUGGCCAUACGCAGAAGAAAGACAGUCUUGCUGUAGAAGUGGCUUCUCUGCGUUUGGAAAACACCUUUCUGCGAAGUACGUCACCAGGGCUGCAGCACACCUGGGGGCCAUACACGCCUCCGCGGCCACAGAAUCAACCAGCCUUGGAAUGGGUUGUCACCAAGGAAAUGCUCCAAGAAACGCUGAGAGGCCACAAUGCCGACAUUGAUGAAUCUUUCGCGUUGAGCAAGGCGUCGGACUUCCCGUCUCGGGAGCGCCCCCAUGCACAGCAAAUUGUCAGCAACCGAUUGUUUCAGGAUUGGAUAGCCUCACCGCACUCAACCAAGCUUUUGGUACAUUGGGAUGGGCGACUCCCGAGAACGAUCGCUGAUCUAUCGCCCCUGUCUGUGUUCUGUAUAUCCAUGUCACAGAUGUCACGUGGUCAUCCACACUUCAUACCUCUCAUAUGGCUUUGUGGUCUCCAUCUUGAUCCGGAUGAGAGCCCAGUGGGUGGUGGCUCCAUGCUCUGCAGCCUCAUUGACCAGCUUCUGCGUCGACAUGAAAAUGACUUGAGUUCGAUAACAACAACUGGAGCUAUCGAUUUCAACCUCUUGCAGGCUGGCGACGACAAAGAGUUGUUGCGCUUACUGUACUUCCUGGUUCUUCAGAUUCCAGACGCUAUCCCCCUCGUUCUUCUCAUAGACAACGUCGUGCUUUACGAACGAGAGGAGAUGGAUGCUUUCGAUGCUUUGGCCGGUCUAUUAGGAAUGGUCAGUGAAAGGUUGCCAGCAGCUGUUAAGCUUCUCUUCACCAGCACACCAGGGACUAUUGAAGUGAGAGGUGCAUUCGAAGACGAGGGUCUGAUUUUAAAUGUUGAUACGUUGCCGUCCCUUGUAUGGGCUCCCAGCGAUGAGCGCGUUGCGAGAGAGUGGGAAGAUACGGUUCAAGAGUCAUGGCCUGUGUACUCUGAAUUUUCUCCUUCAGAGUAUUUGUUGAUAGUUAUCAUUACUCUCAUUAGCUUUUACUUCAAUAUCUGA